AUGUCAACUACACCAUCUACAUCAACAUCUAAGCCUGCUGCUGCUGCGACACCAGCACCAGCAACAACCACAUCUACAUCUACAUCAUCAACAACAUCAACAACAGGUCAUAGUUCGAAACCACCCUCAAUCCCAAUCCCAACAUCAACACCAACACCAACUCCAGCACCAGCCACACCAUCAACACCAACCAGUGUACAUAGGGAGAAGGAGAAGAAGACGAUAGACAAUCAACCAGGUAUCAUAUUCAGAGCGCACAACAUCCGUAUCGAGAACACAUCCAACAAGCCAUUGGUCGCCAUCGUCAAGAUGGACCAGAAUGCACACUACAUUGAGGAUGUUGGCGUGGGCCUCAAUAUCGGCCUCCCUGGGGGCGGCGUCUCGACCAACGUCAAGAAGGGCACAAAGAGCACCGGACCCAUCCAGCGUCUGGCGCUGCCCGAGGGCAAGUCGCACGACGUUGACAUUGACGGCAAGAAGGCCUACGUGUCCGUGUUCCGAUGGGACACUGACAACUAUGUCGGUGUGAUCGAGGAUCGUCUGGUCAAGAAGGGCAAGGUGCUGACAAUCAAGCAGGAGCAUGUGGACAUCUCAUUUAAUCCAAACUUCAGACCGGCCAGAUAUAGCGAGUCGUUCAACAAGGUGGACACUGUCACACCUCCAAUGUCGCCUGUCGUCCCAUCUGUCCAUGUACAUAGUAGCAGUGGCGGCAGCAGUGGACACACAACAACCUCACCAUAA